AUGUCAGAUAAUGUUGUUUCAAUAAAUGAAAAUAAUUUAAUAGAUCAAUGUAUAUCAAUUUUAAAACAAGAUGGUGUUUUAGCUGUACCAACUGAUACAAUUUAUGGUCUUGCAGGAUUAGUAAAUAAUGAAAAAGCUAUUCGUAAAAUUUAUGAAAUUAAAGGUCGAUCAUUUACAAAACCUUUAGCUAUAUCUGUUGGUUAUAUUGAUGAUUUAUUUAUUUGGUCAAAACCAACAUUAACAAAAGAUCAAUUAUCUACAGGUGAUCUUCUUCCUGGUCCAGUAACACUUAUGUUUGAAAGACAAUCAUCAUUACCAUCAUAUUUUAAUCCAAAUAUAAACAAUGUAGCUAUUCGUAUUCCAAAUUGUCAAUUUAUGAUUGAAUUAGCACAACGUUUACAAGAACCUAUUGCAUUAACAAGUGCAAAUAUUUCGAAUGAACCAAGUUCAAUAUGUAUUGAUGAAUUUAAAGAAUUAUGGUCACAAAUUGAUUUAAUUAUUGAUGGUGGUUUAUUAUCAUCAAAUGAUCGACGUGGUUCAACAAUUAUUGAUUUAUCUGAAAAAGGUUAUUUUCAUAUACAACGUCAAGGAAUUGAUUGUGAACGUAUUAUAAAAUAUUUAAAAGAAUAUUGUCAAUUAAAAGAAAAAAAUAUCGUUUUGUGA